UUGAUCCUCCAGCAUCAGCUCACUCCCAGUCGGACGUACAUCUCUCCCCCCUACAGCCAGCCUCUCUGACCCGGCCACAGCCAUGCAGCUGAGCGCGUACGAGUCCUGUCACUCCCUGGUGGUCCUCUUCAUCCUGCUGAGGAGCUGUCAGGCUCUGAAAAACGACGCCACGGAGCUGCUCUUCUCUCAAGUGAGCGCGCCGGUACCGGAGCUUCAGAGCAACGUGACGCUGAACCGUGCGAGGAACGGCGGGAGAGGCGCGAGCAGUGCGGCGCAUGAGAGAGGAGAACGGAGCCAGAUUGGAUGCAGAGAGCUGAGAUCCACUAAGUACAUCUCUGAUGGGCACUGCACCAGCAUCAACCCCAUCAAGGAGCUGGUGUGUACUGGCGAAUGCCUUCCAGCUCAAAUGCUUCAAAAUUGGAUCGGUGGCACCUACAGCAGGAAGCUCUGGGGCCGGCGGGGCAGCACUCAGGACUUUCGAUGCGUCAAUGACAAGACCCGCACCCAGCGCAUCCAGCUGCAGUGCCAGGACGGCAGCACAAGAACGUAUAAAAUCACUGUGGUCACUUCCUGCAAGUGCAAGAGGUACUCAAGGCAGCACAACGAGUCUGGAAACAAGUUUGAGGAGCCGUCCCUGACGCCGCCGCAGCUUCUGCACAAAAACAAAUCCAAGAGCAAAAGGAGGCUCGGAAAGAACCGGCUGAGUGAGAACUGGCACGAGACUGAACCCUGAAAGCUAGUAGGCGUAAAGACUGAAUCCACAAAGGAGUUUGUCUUCAUGAGAGCUUGUGGAUUAUCUCUGAAUGUGACUGGGACUAGAUUAAGGUGAAGCUGGUUCCACAUGAUGCUGGAGAACUCUAAAGGGCAUGCUAAGGACUUUCCUUGACAUUUGAAUCUUUGUUGUUGAAGAUAAUGUGAACAGAACUAAGGCUGAUGGUCUGUAGAGCUCUCUGGAGUCAGGACCAAGCCCAUUUGCUCCAGAUGUAGCCACUAGCAUGCAUUUAAAUACUCAUUUACAUUCAUUUACACAGAUGGAACUCAGCUUUUUAAGCACCAACACCAGUAAACACCAAACAUCUUUUAGAAAUGUAAAUACUUGUAUAUAAAAUCCUUACUUGCUUUUUGAAGUAUGGCCAUGUGUAUAAAGAUGUACUAUGCAAGAUUUAUGAUGUAUGAUGUAAUAUAUUUUCUGUGCCACAUUUAAAGUGAAAAGUUCGCAUCAGCAUUUGAGUAAAAUCUUAACUUUUUCAUCAGUCGGUCUUUGUAAUAACUUUAUAUGAAAUAAAUAAA